GUAGAUAGGGAAGCACUUUCCAUCAUUGGAGGGGUUAAAAAAUUCCACAAUUACUUAUAUGGGAGGCAUUUUGAAAUUAGAACAGAUCAUAAGCCACUUCUGGGUCUUUUCACUGUGGAUAAACAAACACCAAACACACUGUCACCUCGAAUGAUUCGCUGGAGUAUCCUUUUAAAUGGAUAUGACUUUGAUCUUGUAUACAAACCGGGGAUUUCUAUUCCGAAUGCUGAUGGUUUGAGUCGUCUUCCAUGUUCCUCCAAUGUUGUUGAUCAAGAGAUAAAUGAAGUCUUGAAUGACGUGCUAUACAUUGAAUCCGAUGAGGUUAAACCAAUCACCGCUAAUAUAAUAGCAAAAGAAACAGAAAAGGAUCCACUUCUAUCUAAAGUACUAUUAUGGACUCAACGUGGAUGUUUACUUUGGGGAACUAGGGUGAUCAUUCCAUCCACUCUCAGGCAACAAGCUCUGAAGCUUCUACACAUGGGACAUGAGGGCAUUGUUCGAACAAAGGCGUUGGCUCGAAGCUAUUUCUGGUGGCCAAAACUUGAUCAAGACAUAGAAAACAUAGUGAAUUCUUGUCAAGCAUGUCAACAAAGUCGUCACAACCCUCCAAGAGCAACAGUUCUUCCCUGGGAGAAAACGAAACAACCCUGGUCUCGUCUCCACAUAGAUUUCGCUGGGCCCUUCCAAAACAAGUUGUUUUUGAUUGUUGUCGAUUCUUUCAGCAAAUGGUUAGAAGUAGUUUUGGUGCCUUCUACAGAUUCAAGAUCAACUAUAAAGGUCCUCAGAAGCCUUUUUGCAACACAUGGUGUUCCAGACACAAUAGUAUCUGAUAACGGGUCGGCUUUCACUUCACAAGAAUUUCGAUCGUUUAAUGAAAGCAAUGGCAUCCGCCACGUCGUGGUUGCACCAUACCAUCCGUCAUCGAAUGGUCAGGCAGAAAGGAUGGUCCAAACGACAAAAAAUUCUUUGCGACGAAUACUUCAAGGAGAUUGGCAAAAACGAUUGGCUCAGUUCCUAAUAUCAUCUCAUAUAACGCCAAAUUGUUCUACUAAUAUGUCACCGAGUGAACUGCUGUUCGGAAGGCGUAUUAGAACCAUCUUAGACAGAGUUCACCCAGAUUAUUCUUCAAGUGACAAAGAAGAGAAAAUCUUGGAUAAAGCGCUUCACGAUUACCAACAGUCACCUCAGAGGAAAUUUAAAGAAAAUGACUCCGUAUUUGCAAGAAACUAUAAUCAGCGAGGACCAAAGUGGAUUCCUGCUAAAGUCACUAGAAUAACCGGGCCACUGAGCUACCAUUUGAUAACAAAAGAAGGCAUUGAAAUACGACGUCAUAUUGACCAAUUGAGACCUCGCUCAGAAACAUCAAAAGCAUCUACUAACUCACACUUGGAUAAUCCUGAAUCUCCAGUAAACCCACCAUUCCACCCACUACUCCAGAAUCCCAUUCAAAUGAGAACACCAGAAGCACAUCAUAUCACUCCAGUGCAACCACCAUCAAUGGUUCGCAAUCCUAUUAUGAUGAGAACACCAGACGGCACCGUCCGUGCUCUUGAGCCCAAGACAUCAAUUGAGGUUCGAGACAUUGAUUGUGUGUCAACGGAGAGUGACGUUGUUGAGGCCCUGAAGAAAGCUGUACCCGAGCUUGCCGGGCAAACGGCCAUCCUAAGGGUUUGGCUCACAAAACCCAAUAGGAGUCAGCAGCGGAUAGCAAUCGCCGAAAUGGCGGACGCGCUUGCCACUAGAGUGCUGGCACUCCAGCAUCUGAGAGUCGGCUGGAACGCCGGAUAUUCAUCCCGCAACUGGCGUGCCUCACGCAGAGGCGUUAGUUGCAUCCACGAUGGAACUGAUUGCCUCGGCCUGCGAUGA